AUGUCAACACCGCGGGCAUUGAAGCCCUUAAUAGGGGCAAGCUCGAGGCUUAUAAUCGACCAAUUGGCUCCCAGGUCGGCCAGCAGGGUCUCGAGGAAGCUCGUAGCUCGUCCCUCUGCCACCACGGCACCUCCGUCAAUAUGUCUGAGCUGUCGAUACAGCUUCGCCGUCACCCGACAGCAGCAGCUUCGGUCCUACUCCUCCAGCCCGAAACCUCCUAGCCAUGACGAUGGCGUCACAAAACCGAAGCCCAAUCGCCAGGACGACGGCCCUCCACCCUUUCCGUUUCCUUCGACAUUCGCUUCCUUUCAAGAACAAGACGGCAACCCGCCCUCUCCAGAACAACAGCAACCACCACAACCACAACCACCGCCACCAGAGCAGCAGCAGCCCUCCGACCAACCGCGACCACUACGCCCCUCCGACCCGUCCCUCCCCUCGACCCUCAACUCGCAGCGCUCCCAGCUCACGCACUCCCUAAGCGCCUUCAUGGACCGCGCACAGUCGUCCCUCUUCGCCGCCUCGCGCAGCCUCAACGACCUGACGGGCUACUCCAGCAUCGAGACGCUAAAGUCGCAAAUCAGCGCCCUCGAAGCCUCCCUCAGCGCCGCGCAGCAAACCCUAAUCUCCGCGCGCAGCGCCUACAAGACGGCCGUAGCCGAGCGGUCCGCGACGCAGCGCGAGGUGACGACGCUACUAGCACGACAAAAAACGUGGACCCCCGCCGACUUCGAGCGCUUCACAUCCCUAUACAGACAGGACUACGAGCUGGAGGCCGACGUGACGAGGACGGCAGGCGAGCUCGAGGACGCGGAGCGCGAGGCCGAGCGCCUCGGCCGCGAGCUCAGCGCCGGGAUCCUGGGCCGCUACCACGAGGAGCAGAUCUGGAGCGACAAGAUCCGCCGAAUGAGCACGUGGGGCACGUGGGGCCUGAUGGGCGUCAACGUGCUGCUGUUCCUGGUCUUGCAGUUCGGCGCCGAGCCCUGGCGUCGCCGCAGGCUGGUGCGCGGUUUCGAGGAGAAGGUGCGCGAGGCCAUUGCUGAGGAGAGGGCGAAGCAGGGGGAGGUUGGUGCUCAGGGGAAGGGUUCGGCUGCGGCUACGACUGCGACUACGACUGCGACUACGACUGCGGCUAUGGCUCCGGUUGAGGGCGGCGAGGUUAUAGGCGAGUUGUCUGCGGAUGAUGCUGCUGCUACUGUUGCUGCUGAACCUAUAACGGUCGACGCCCCAGGCAGCGAACAAGCGGGCGCGGACGCUACUAUAGUCGAACCAACCACCCCCGAAUCCGCCACAGAACCCGUCCUGUCCCCGGCCGAAGCGAUGCCAGCCGAACCUCCAAUAUCAUGGCGAGAGACGCUCACCGAGCCGAGUCGGUGGAAGUUGGCCUUGGUUGACCUGUACAGCGACAGGACGAUCGCCAUCCGCAUGUGCGACGCCUCGCUCAUCGCCCUGGAAGCUGCGGUGGCCGGGGCUGUCGUUGCGGGUGCCAUAGCCGCCUUAUUUGUGAGGAGGUCAUGA